AUGAGAAAAAAGGCAAAGAGAACAUCACGGGAGGUAAAUUUUGGAGACGCAGACAUGACAAUUGUGUCUUUUUCUCUAUUCACAACUUAUUUUCUUUUUUCUUAUGUAUCAAUCAAUCGAUUUUUGUAAAUAUCGCAAAAUUUUUUCAUUCAGUAAUUUUUCGAUUUUAUUUUUGCUCCAAUUUCCUCUGACCUUUCAGUCUUAUCUUGUUAUCAAAAAAUUUCACAACAAAAAAAUCAGGACGUCAUUUUUUGAAAAAAAAUAUCAAGAAAAAAUGUCGAGAAUUUUUUUCAUUAUAUUUUAUUUUGUAUCAUUGGCCCCCUUAUGUUUUUUUCCAAUACAAAAUAUUGUGAGACGAAAGUGGCCAUCUACAAAAAUGUUCGCAAGGUAACAACAAUCACUUUGAAUUAAUCACGAAAAUUAAUUUUUGGGGGUAAUUAUUAGAGAUUGUUUCCGGUCAAAUGAACAUUUUCAAUUAGACAAGAGGUUAAACUGUUACACUUUUCUUUCAUUUUCUAUCUGUUUUUGCCACUCAUUCAAGUUGUUAUAUUCUGUUUUGUUCUGUUCUUUUCUAAAACUAUAAAAAAGUAUUAUCAACAUUUGUUGGCUCUUUUCGAGAAACUAUUUUACAACGUUUUUGUUGUUAACCAGAAAAGUAAACUACAUGAAAGUUAUAGGAAAAUUUUCAAAAAUUGUAUUGAUAUGAUUUUUUUAAAAUUAUCAUAUGAGCAUUCAUGUUCAUCAAUAUCUCUGUUUCCUAUCCUUAAAAUUAACAAAACAAGUUUGUGUUUAUUUUUUCCCAAUGUUUUUUUCCUGAAAAGAGUCCAUUUCAAUUCUCAAUCCUCAAAAAAAUCAAUAAUUUCCAGGGUAAAAUGAAUCGUAUUGAUGUGAUAGAUCCAAGAUCCAUGGAUUCAACAGAUCAAAGACGGGUACACGCGGUUCAACCAACUCCAAUGUAUCAAGGAGAAACUAAAAUAUUGGAUUCCCUAUUAAAGGAAGCGCAUAUGAACACAAAUUUGAAAUCGGCUGGUUAGUUAGAUGAUCAAAAAUCUUGAGAUGACCUUACAAGAUAAAACAUUUCUAGUUAUAAUCAAUUUCACUAUUAGUUCCUCAUUUUAGGAUGAAAAAAAUAGAUUCGGAAAAAUUUGAAAAUUAAGUAAUGAAAAAAAUUAUUUAUGUGUGGAAGUAGAUCAUUGACAGCUGAAAAGAUUGGUUGAAAAAUUCCGGAAUUAAUUUGAAUUAAAAAUGUUAUACAGUGAAAAUUCUGAUCUUAAAUUGUCUUUUUAAUCGUUAUUACAAGUGAACUAGACAUUUAGAAGAACUCAAUUUUGAAAACCACAAUUUUUCUUUUGAAAAUAAAGAUUUUAGAUGGCUUUUGAAGAUAAAAAUCAGGAUUCUUCAAAAACUGAUCCAAAGAAUCACAGAAAAAAUGUUUUUGAAAUUGAGAACUGUCGUUUUUCUGCCAGUGAAACAGCAAAAGAAAACAGGUUUUUCAAAUUUCUAAGUUUUCUCAAAAAUAGGUGAUCUGGGUCUGAAAGAAUAAGAAAAACAACUGAAACAAAUCUCAAAAAUCUUACGGAAUUUAUAAUGUUCAAAUUAUAAUUCAAAAAUUCCAGGCAUGGUUCCAAUGCCAGUGAAAGAAGAUGGCGAACGAAAAUUGCAUCAAAUGUUAGAAAAAUAUCAGAACGAGAUGAAGAUGCAACAACAAAGACCAGCUCCAUCAAACAGUCGAAAACCCGAUAUGCAAGGAAGACGUGAGUAUAAUUAUUUACUUGGGGUCUAAUACUUCAAGCCUAUUUUUUAAAGCGAAAGUUUUGAACCUAAUAUUUCAGCUUCACCAAUAAGUCAUUCUCAACCAUGCCUGAUUGCAAGUGGCUCAAGAACAUCCUUGUAUGUUUAUCAACAACAUCAACAUUUCAAAAUGACAAACAUAUUAUUUUCAGAGUUCAACAUGAUGCGGCUUCCAGUUCAAUGAGCACAUCUGCUUAUAUUCGAAGGUCUUCAGCGUCAGGAGACCAAGUUUUAGAAGUUCCUGUUAAUAUGAGCAAUAGCAAUAAUAAUAGGGUAUGUUUUCAAACUACGACUGAAUCUAACUUUUAUUUCUAAAAAAUAUGAAUUUAGAACGUCUCGAGCAACCAAAAACUUAUACAAUCUCUGCGCGAUGAAAAUAUACACUUGAAAAAAGAGCUGGAGGCAAUAAAAAGAAGUUUAUCAAAAUUGCAACAAAUCGAAUUUUCUUAUGGCAGAUUGGAAAAAGAAUAUGAAUUUUUAUCGAAUGAACGAAAAAAACAAGAAAAUUUAGAGUUGAAUGCAAUUAUUCAAUUGGAGAAAACUGUGAAAAAGUAAGUUUUUCUAGAAAAAAAAAGGGAAUAACAAAUAAAUUUGAACAAAAAUGCAAACGCGCUCCACUGCACACCUCCUUCGCACUGCGCUGUCAUCAUCUUUUUUGUUUUUUUUUUGUUUUUUUUCCGGGUGUUUCUAUUUGUAGAUUUGAUAAUAAUCAGCGUGAAUUGUAGGAGAAACCAACAAAUGCUGGUUUUUUUGAGUUUAGAGAAACAUUUUGGGGAAAAGUUCAUAGAAUACGCGCCGCAAUCUGCACAUCCGUUCCUUUUCGUUCAAAUUUGUUUGUUUUGUAACUGCGCAUGGGUUUUUCAACGGGAUUUUUUAUAUCAAAAGAAACUUUUUCAGACUGACUUUGGAACGAGAUGAGUUGCAAAUUCGGUUGGAAAAAUCGAGCACCGAGCCAAGUAUGGUUGCAAGUUUGAUGUUGAAUGAAAUACAGCAACGUGAGUUUUUUUUGGAGUUGUAAAUAUAUUCUUCAUAUUUUUUGUAGGUCAGGAACUUUUUGUCAUGCAAAGAGCGGCAGAAGUUGGAAAUAGAAGCUCAGAAUCAAACGCUAGAAGAACUUCGAAAUCAUAUAACAAUGCUGGAAAAGGCUCUAACCAAUUCUAGAGAAAGGCUUGCCAAGAGAGAAGAGGUAGGGUUCACUUUUCGAUGAAAAAACAAAACAACUGUAUUUCAGAAAUGUGAGGAGUUGACAAAUCAGAUUUUGCAAUCAGAAGAGCUGAAAAAACAGUUGACUGAAAUUUGGGAAGAGCAACAGAGACGAGAACUUAUGAUUGAAGCUGAAAGAGCGCAAUGGGAAAUGGAGAAAACGCAAUUGCUUAUGCAGUUGCAAAAAGAUUCGACGUUGACUGGCAGUUUGAAGGUUGGUUAGAGAUUUUUGGAGAAAUUUUUGAUGACUUUCAUAAAAAAUCUAGAAAACUUUUGCUUUGUGAUACAUAGUUAUUAAAGAAAGCAAAUUCUAUUAGAACUUCAAGCUUAACAUUUUUACGAAUCGAAAUUUCUCUCACAAACUCUAGCAGAAAUUGAUAUGCUGAUUCUGAUUUUCCAGUCAUAAAAUAUUUCAAUUUAUCAUUGCAAUCUGGCUCAAUUUCAUAGAUACAAGUUAGAAAAGAAAAAUUUGUUCCCUGAAAAUUGAGAAAAAUUCAGCUGUCAUUCUGAAAAUUUCGGUUUUUUGACUGCAAUGUUUGAACUUCUGGUCGGAAAUUAGAUUUUUGCAGAAAAAUCUGAAAGUUCACUAUUCUGAACUAUAAUUAGUUCCAAUUAGUUCAAUUUCCGAAAGAAAAACAUUUCCAAAAAAUUGAUUUCUUGAAACAUUCAGAAAAAUGCACCUGUAUAUCUAAGAAUUUCUUUGCUAAUGGAUUCAAAAAAUUUGAAGGCUUAAUCUUCUGAUUUAAAUUUUUUGCAAAUUUCUCAUUUUUUUCUUUCAGAGAACAUCAACGCCCGGAAGUACAGAGGAUAUAAUGAGGAUGCGAAAAAAUAUUCAAACCAAAGAUGAUAAAAUUUCCUAUCUUGAAAAAUGCGUGGUUGAUUUGAAAAGGUAGAUCGAUAAGAUAUCAGAGUGAAAAUUGAGAUAUUCAUUUUUAGAACGCUCAAUGACGAAACUGAACGUCGAAAAUCAACCCUGACUACAAUUGCAGACAGCUUUGAAGCUCGAAUAAAACGACUUGAAGAUGAGAAGUUGGAAAGAGAUCAAAUUAUAAGUGAGCUCAAACAAGAGCGAGAAAAAUAUGGGACCAUUAUAAUUGAGAAAAAUAGCGAUCAAGAAGCGAUGAAUCGAAUGGAAGAAAUUCGACAAAAAAUUCAAGAAAGAAAGAAAAAAGGAAGGAUCGGUGUGCCUGGCGGGUGAAUGUUUUUUAUAAUAUUUGUAACCUCUCUGAAAACUCACCAUCUUCUUCCAUAAUUGAAACAAACAAGUAAUAAAAAUAAGCUAGCUCUAGAAUUAAAAAUGAGAAUGAUAACAAAAAUCCGAGUCACUCAUAUAAAUUGUUUGCGUCGCCAGGCAACAUCACAAAAAAAGAGAGAAACAAAAAAUGAGCACAGAAAUGAUGAGGAUUAGCGCAAGCAUCGUUGCACUUUUAAUUAAUAGUUAUUGAUAGAAUGUUUUUUUGGUUUAUGAGUUCAAAGAGAGACAGAGAGAAAAAAUCAGGAAUUGAGGAAGGAGGAAAUAAGUAAGAAAAUUGAAGGAAACCUACGAAGAAUAAAUUUUAGCAAACUUAAAGUUAGUUUCGUUUGAAAUUGAAUCAUUUUAUGAGUUUCGGGUAUAACCCUGUUUGUUUCUGAAAAUUUAAGUUAGCCUUUGAAACCGAAACCUAAAUAUUAAUUGAAAAAUGGUACAAGACCCUCUACGAAGUGUAUUCGUUUGUAAUAAAUCUUAAAUUUCGUAACUAGCUUCUAGAUGUUCUGAAUUUUAAAUCUACCAGUUAUGAACCUAGUUUUUAUAAAUAUGGAUCGCAUUUCUGAUAAAUUUGAUACACUUGAAUUUACGUAUUCCGAUAUUUCUGACUUUCACUAAAAAACUGAAUCAAUGUUUUUCAAAAAUAUUAAAUAUUUAUGGUUUUGUUUUAAAAAUUAUCUUUUACCAAAUCUGUGCAUUUGAAGUCUCAUUAGAUCUAUUUUUGAUCCCUCAGAUAUCUUACACUCAUCCCAAUUAAAAACAUCAUUUCUGUUUCCGACAUGAUCAACAAGUCUACAAAAAUCUGAAUGUGAAUAUAAAAACAUAUUCUAAUUAGUCUAAUUAGAAAUCCGGAGAUUUCUAAAAAUAAUUCUGAAAUUGAGUUGUACUUUUCUCGAAAAAAACACUUUGAGAAUAAGAAAUUUACAAAAUGAUGUUAUAAGCUGAAAACAUCUUGUUUAUCUUAUCUUAUCUUAUGUUGGGAGCAAAAAGCUUCUGCAAUGUUUUUCAAAAAUAAAUGCCCCUUUCAGAAAAUUUAAUUUUGGCUUUCAGAAUAAGACCCCCUUCUAAAAACUCACCAUUCACGUCAUCUUUGAAUAGAUCAUCAAAUGACAAAUCCAUGUUUUCGCCUUUUCAGCUUUCGAGCAAAAUGAGCGAGCAGUUAGAAUAAAGCAGUGCCUCAAAAAAAAGAAGUAGUAAUACACUAGAAAAGUAUAUGCGAGAGCAGACUAAUAGGAAGAAAAAAAAAGAAUAAUGUGAAUAUUCACAACUUUGGGGGGAGAACUACUACUCGUUUCCUUUUCAAUAUAUUAUAUUUUUGUAAAAUCUGAUUGACUGAGUGAUUUGGAGACAAAUGAAAGAGAAAUAAACGAAAAAAAAUAAGAGGACAUCUGGUUUUAAUCAUCUGUGAAAUGACUAUUUUAGGCUAUGUGGAAUUAGCAGCGGCGGUGCCAGUGAACACUAUAGAAGUACAUCUGGAUCAUCACAUUUACAUCGACGGUAAUUGCAUUUUCAAAGAUUUGUUUUUUUCCCAAAAAUACAUGUGCAAUUUAGGUCUUCUUCGGGACAAAACGAGCAAGAAUAUGUAUUAACUCAUCAAAAAUCAUCAAUCAUUAAUAAUAAUUCAAGCAGUGCCAAUCUCACGGAUAAUUAG